AUGGUGGACUUUGAGUGGUUGAGGUUCCGUGUGUGGGCUGAGUUCGGUGGAGUAGCAACGCGUUGGCUUGGCUGUGGGGUGGCAGGGCUGCUGAACCCAACUGAGGCUUGUGCAUUGGUGUUUUACAGAAGGGUGAGGACUGGGCUAUGGGGCAGCUGGGACGAUGUGGGUCUUGGCGAUGGUAGGUGGAGGGGAAGCUCUAGUCGUGCGGAGAAAGAUAUUGAGAAACUGAGACACAAUCUUGUAAAUAUUUCAUCAACGUCUGAUGAUGGUGCGCAAAAGUUGAAUAUCCUGGAGGCAUCGGUGCUAGAAAUGGAAAUGGUCCUGGAAAGACAUAAUGGCAACGAUAAUUGCAGCGAUCUCAUAUCGCCGCAAAAAAAAGAUAUUGAGGAACUGAGACACAAUCUUGCAAAUAUUUCAUCGACGUACGAUGAUGGUGCUCAAAAGUUGAAUAUCGUGGAGGCACAGAAAGAUAUUGGGGAGCUGAGACACAAUCUUGCAAAUAUUUCAUCGACGUCUGAUGAUGGUUCUCAAAAGUUGAAUAUCCCGGAGGCACAGAAAGAUAUUGAGGAGCUGAGACACAAUCUUGCAAAUAUUUCAUCGACGUCUGAUGAUGGUUCUCAAAAGUUGAAUAUCCCAGAGGCACAGAAAGAUAUUGAGGAACUGACACACAAUGAUGCAAAUAUUUCAGCGACGUCUGAUGAUGGAGCUCAAAAGUUGAAUAUCCUGGAGGCACAGGCAAAUACUGAAUCACCUCUGCCAUCUCAAGUCUCAAAGGUUGUGAUUGAUAGGUCAAUCUACGAAGUCAUUCUAAACCCCAAUGUUAAUUUGCAGAAAGAUAUUGGGGAACUGAAAGACAAUGUGGCAAAUAUUUCAUCAACGUCUAAUGAUGGUGCUCAAAAGUUGAAUAUCCUGGAGGCACAGCGACAACGUUUAGAAGAUAUUGAGGAACUGAGAGACAAUGUGACAAAUAUUUCAUCGACGUCUGAUGGUGGUGCUCAAAAGUCGAAUAUCCUGGAGGCACAGAAAGAUAUUGAGGAACUGAGAGACAAUGUGGCAAAUAUUUCAUCGACGUAUGAUGAUGAUAUUGAGGAACUGAGAGACAAUGUGGCAAAUAUUUCAUCGGCGUCUGAUGAUGGUGCUCAAAAGUUGAACAUCCUGGAGGCACAGAAAGAUAUUGAGGAACUGAGACACAAUGUUGCCAAUAUUUCAUCGACGUCUAAUGAUGGAGCUCAAAAGUUGAAUAUCCUGGAGGCACAAAACGAUAUUGAGGCACUGAGACACAUUGUUGCCAAUAUUUCAUCGACGUCUUAUGAUGGAGGUGGAAAGUUGAAUGUCCUGGAGGCACAGGCGAAUAUUGGAUCACCCCAACCAUCUCAAUUCUCAAUGGUAUCCGUAGUUCUGAGAGACUGUGACUCAUGCUUUGGGUUGCAGAAAGAUAUUGAGGAACAGAGAGACAAUGUGGUAAAUAUUUCAUCUUCGUCUGAUGAUGGAGCUCAAAAGUUAAAUGUCUUGGAGGCACAAACGAAUAUUGAAUCAUCCCUGCCAUCUCAAGUCUCAAUGGCAUUCGUAGUUCUGAGAGACUACGACUCACGCUUUGGGUUGCAGAAAGAUAUUGAGGAACUGAGACACAAUGUUGCCAAUAUUUCAUCUACGUCUAAUGAUGGAGCUCAAAAGUUGAAUAUCCUGGAGGCACAGAAAGAUAUUGAGGAACUGAGAGACAAUGUGGCAAAUAUUUCACCGGCGUCUGAUGAUAGUGCUCAAAAGUUUAAUAUCCUGGAGGCACUAGUGAAUACUGAAUCAAACUUGCCAUGUCAAAUAAAUAUUGAGGAACUGAGACACAAUGUUGCAAAUAUUUCAUUGACGUCUGAUUAUGGAACUCAAAAGUUGAAUAUCUUGGAGGCACAGGCGAAUAUUGAAUCACCCCAGCCAUCUCAAGUCUCAAUGGCAUCCAUAGUUCUGAGAGACAGUGACUCAUGCUUUGGGUUUCAGAAAGAUAUUAAGGAUCUGAGACACAAUGCUGCAAAUAUUUCAUCGACAUCUGAUGAUGGAGCUCAAAAGUUGAAUAUCGUGGAGGCACAGACGAAUAUUGAAUCACCCCAGCCAUCUGUAGUCCUGAUAGACUGCGACUCAUGCUUUGGGUUGAAGGUUGCUCAAGUUUUGAGACAAAAAGAUAUUGAGGAACUGAGGCACAAUGUGGGAAAUAUUUCAUCUUCGUCUGAUGAUGGUGCUCAAAAGUUGAAUAUCCUAGAGGCACAGAAAGAUAUUGAGGAACUGUGGCACAAUGUGGGAAAUAUUUUAUUGAAGUCUAAUGAUGGUGCUCAAAAGUUGAAUAUCCUAGAGGCACAGACAGAUAUUGAGGAACUGAGAGACAAUGUGGCAAAUAUUUCCUUGACGUCUGAUGAUGGUGCUCAAAAGUUGAAUAUCCUGGAGAAAGAUAUUGAGAAACUGAGACACAAUGUUGCAAAUAUUUCAUCAAUGUCUGAUGAUGGUGGACAAAACUUGAAUAUCCUGGAGGCACAGAAAGAUAUUGAGGAACUGAGACACAAUGUUGCAAAUAUUUCAUCGAUGUCUAAUGAUGAUGCACAAAAGUUGAAUAUCCUGGAGGCACAGGCGAAUAUUGAAUCACCCCUGCCAUCUCAAGUCUCAAUGGCAUUCGUAGUUCUGAGAGAUUGCGACUCAUGCUUUGGGUUGCAGAAAGAUAUUGAGGAACAGAGACACAAUGUUACAAAUAUCUCAUCGACAUCUAAUGAUGGAGCUCAAAAGUUGAAUAUCCUGGAGGCACAGACGAAUAUUGAAUCACCCCUGCUAUCUCAAGUCUCAGUGGCAUCCAUAGUUCUGAGAGACUGCAACUCAUGCUUUGGGUUGCAGGUUGCUCAACUUCUGAGACUAAUAUAUAGAAACGAUUAUUGGGGGUAUUUGCAACAAUUUUGUGUACUGGAAAAAGCCUGA